UGAUUAUUGAUAAAUUAUAUAACAGAUCUUAAUUCUGCGGCCAAGUAAAACAUCAUGGCCGAAGGUGGAUAUAAUGAGUCUCUAGCAUCAUUAGAAGACUUUAACAAGGUUUUUGCAAUUCCAUUAAAGUAUAGUGAUUCAAGUAAAUCUUGGCCAAGUAUACCAGUUCUGCUAUAUAAAUACGCAUCAAAUACUACUGGUAAACAUUUUGAUAUACCUGAGAACACUUGGAUAAGAGUAGACAGCAGACUAGGACAACAUGCUGAAUCAAUUAUGGUAACAGAUCUAAUAAACACUCAGGAUUUCCUGGAAAGUCAGGUAGAAUAUUAUACAGGUAGCCGUUACCAAGGUAUACACAGCAUAGAAGUAAUUCUAAGUUAUUCACCGUGUAGUACUUGUUCCAACAAGUUAUGUGGUUUGAAGGGAAUACUUGAUGAGAAAAUUACACAACAUAUGAUGACAAUCUUUAGCAUUGGAACAGACGUUGAAGAAACCGAAAAGACGGAAUUCAAAAUUACUUUUUCAAACUUCAACAAGAACAAUGUGGAUGAACAAGGUUACGAAAAUAACGAAGGUUUGAAAAAUCUGAGGAAAAAUGACGUCAAUCUUUAUAUCAAGUCGGAUGACGAUUGGCAAGAUUUUCUAAAAGCCGCUGGAUUAGUUACUGAGAGACGAAAAAGAGAAACAGAUGACAAGAUAGCUCUCCAAUAUUUUGAAGGAUCUGCGGAUUUGGACCCAAUCAAUCUAAAUUAUUUCAAAGGUGUAAAAAGUCUUUCUUCUGUAUCGUUAGUAGAAUUAAAUGAAACGUUUUCAAUUCCAUUCAAAUAUGGCGAUUCAAGAAAAACUUGGCCAAGUAAACCAAUUCUUCUUUAUAAAUACACAUCAAAUGCUACUGUUAAGGAUAUUUACAUUCCUGAGAAAACUUGGAUGAGAGUAGACAGCGGACUAGGACAACAUGCUGUAUCCAUUAUUGUAACAGAUCUAAUAAACGUUCAGGAUUACCUGGAAAGUCAGGUAGAAUAUUUUACAGGUAGUCGUUACCAAGGUAUACACAGCAUAGAAGUCAUUCUAAGCUACUCACCAUGUAGUACUUGUUCCAACAAGUUAUGUGAUUUGAAGAGAAUACUUGAUGAGAAAAUUACACAAAAUAUGAUGUCAAUCUUCAACAUGAGAACAGAAACAGAAGAAACAGAAAAGAUUGACUUUAUAAUCACUUUUUCAAACUUCAACGAGAUCGACGAGGAUGAUCAUGGUUACGAAAAUAAGGAAGGUUUGAAAAAUCUGAGGAAAAAUGACAUCAAACUUGAUAUCAAGUUGGAUUGCAAUUGGUACGAUUUUCUCAAAGCCUCUGGGUUAGUUACUAAAAGAUGA